AUGUGUCUGAGCCCCAUACACAGUGACAGCAGCAGCAAUGACAGUAUGGAUGAUUUUAUCUCAAGCUGCCAGAGCCUUUAUGAAUAUAGCAAUUCUGACAAGAAGGCAGGUGGUCAAAAGCAUUCGGCCUUCAAUCGAAGUUUGCUAAAAGAGCCCGCUCCAAAGCAGGGUCUGGUAAAACAGAGGGCAGGGGAACAGAAGAGGUUUCUCGGUGGUGAGAGCUUCUCUGGGUCCUCUCUGAAUGCACUUAGAGAAGAAAAGAAGGAUGUGUGUAAGGCAGAGACACCUCUGCGGCCCCAGGCCUUCUCCAGCAGCACUUUGCUCCGUGUGAGAGCGAAAGGGGUGCAGGCGCUGGCUGCUCCUUCACUGUUGGAGGACAGAGUGGAACGGAAGGCUCCCUGUCCCCUGGAACCCAAGAAAGGCCAGGCUGAGGUGUGUCAGCAGCGCCUCUCCUUCGGCCCGGAGGACUCCCUCGUUGUAUGUGGAGCCUUGUGGAUUCCAGGGGAGGGUGCAGAGCAGUGUUUAGACGGAGCCACAGGGGAGGUGUGGAACAUAGGAGACCCUUUACUCCAGUCCUCAGUUUGUCACUGUAGCACAGACCCACUCGUAGAAGUGUGUGAUGAGAGAAGUGAGGGAAAGGAGGAGGGGAAGGACAAGGGAGGCGGGAUUAGUUCAACCCAGGAGUGGCUGGUGGAGGAGGUAGCUGUGGAGACGAGCUAUGAGACUACUUUGCCUCUGCAGGUCCAGGUCAGGUCAGUGGUUGUGGUUCCCAACCUCCAGAUCAACAAUAGCAACAAACCAGCAACUCUUCAGUCUCCACCCAAACAGAAUGAGAGCAAAACCCCCCCCCAACCCAGAGAGGUCCAAAAGAAGACCCAUUUUCAACACAAAGAGAGCAACAAAAAAGAUAGGAAGGCCACCAUGUCACGGCCGGUGGUGUUUGACAGCGAGAAGCACUGGCAGCGUGAGAAGAGGGUCUACGUGGACUCAGUCACCCGUCACAUGAAGGAGAAUGUAGGGGUCGGACAAGGGGUGUUGACGGAGCUGCACAACCUGAUGGACCAUGUAGCACACCAGGGAGCAGGCUUUAAUGGCCAGCAAUGGCAGCACCCCUCGGACCUCACACGCAGGAAUUACAAAGUGCGUUUUGGCAAUGGGGUGUUAAAGUUCAGUUUGGACCAAUGGAGGUGUCAGAGCUACAUAAAGCAUCGGCGCUUUGCAACGGUGCCAAAGCUUUUCAAGAGGAAUACAAAAAAUUAGGUCAGAGAAAGGCAUGGCCAAACUGUUCUUAAGUUGUUUGAAAAUGUUUCUAAAUGUUAGCACUUAUGUCUCUUUUUUUAUGAAGACCCUGGCAAGAGCCUGUUAUAACAAAUUUAAAAAAAUAAUUGUGAAGAGGCCUGCAUUUGCCCAAAAUGUAUGAGUAUGGCAGGACUGGCACAACUGUUCUUAUCUUUACUGUUUAUUAUGUUUGUUUUCUUGCAUGCGUGAAAUGCUUUUUGGAAGUUGUAAUAUUAUGUUAAUGUUGAUUGCUGUGUGGCUUGCUAAAUAUUGCAGAUUAAGUCAUUAUAAUUAUUAUUUGUUUGUUUUGUUAUUGUGCUUUUUAA